UCAACAACUCUCCAAAUCCAAACCCAUUACUCUUAAUCAUUUCCCUUGCCUUCUCUUCUUCUUUUAGUAUUCAAGAACACAAUAUUAUUGUGUAUUAAGGAUGGGAGUCGGUUCAUCACCCUGCGCCUCUUGUAAAUUGCUACGACGACGGUGUGCAAAAGACUGCAUUUUUGCUCCUUAUUUCCCUCCUCAUGACCCUCUCAAGUUCGCCAUUGUUCAUAAGAUCUUUGGUGCCAGCAAUGUUAGCAAAAUGUUGCAGGAGGUUCCAGUAGAUCAAAGAGCAGAUGCAGUGAGUAGUAUGGUAUAUGAAGCGAGUGCGAGAAUGCAAGAUCCAGUGUAUGGUUGUGUAGGAAAAAUCUUGUUUUUGCAAAACGAAGUGUCUCAAUUAGAAAUUCAACUAGGGGCAGCUCGAGCGGAGAUUUUGAUGUUACAAAUGCGACAACAACAAGAAGCCUCGAUAACAUUUCCGAUGACGACAACCCAAAUGGAUCAAGAUGAACAAAAUCUUAUGAUUCUCUCAAAUGCCGAUUCUUCUAAUUCCUUCCAUGUUUUUCAAGCAGCAGAUGAUCAUUACCCUUUAUGGACUUGAAUAACUUUCAUCACUAUUAUUAAUUAUUAUUAUCAAAAAGUAACAAAAAGUAUAUAUAACAUAUCGAUAUAAACAUCAAUACAAAUGCUUA